UCGGCUGUGCAGCCUCCCUUCCUCUCUACUGGCCCCAACCUUCAUUCGCAGGCCGGGUGCGAUCCCAGCAACGAACCUACCAUACUAGUGAAUCCUAGGAAACAUUGGGUUUCCGCUUCACAAUCCCCGUCCAUCCUUCCAGUAGACGACAUUUCGCGGACAUUAGACUCCCGCCGCUGGACACAAGGCACACACAGACGUCGAAACGAAUAAGAAAAGCACUGGGAAGAGGCGCAAAGACAAAUUUCCAUACUCGAUGACAUUACAUCGCAAUGUCCGAUCGUUUGGGGCAAAUAACCAAGUCCAAGGAUGGGAAAAGCAAGUACUCCUCACUCAGCCUGUUUGACAAGUACAAGGGAAAAUCAAUAGAAACUCAGAAAAACUCAGUUCCGCGACAUGGCUUGCAAAGUCUUGGCAAAGUGGCCGCAGCCCGGCGCAUGCCCCCGCCCGCUCACCUACCGAGCCUGAAGUCUGAAAACAAAGGAAACGAUCCCAACGUGAUUAUUGUCCCGAAAGACGGCACAGGAUGGGCAAACAAGCCGGAACAACCCGAUCAAAAGAGUUCUGUUGCAUCAAUACCUCAGCUGCCGGAGUCGCAGCUGCAGCCGGCUUCACAGAAAUCUGUCUCCAAUCUUCAGAAGCCUCCCCCAGUAGCCAAUCCGGAGAACACAAACACAGGUGGACCAAAGCAAUGGGCCCAGCUAAAUGGAAAGGCAGUAGAGCAAGAUGGUUCAAGGGCCUUAAACCGACUUCAGCCCUUCUCUCACGAGGAAUUUCCCACACUGAAGGCCGCUGGAGAACAGGACAAGGCUGGCAAGGAAAGAAGCGGCUACGAUCCGUCGUAUGGGCCCGGACCAAGCCUCCGCCCACAGAAUGUGACCAGCUGGAGGGAGGGAGGCGGCAGGAACCUCCAGCCCUCAUCCCUGACCCUCGGCUCGCCAGUGGAACCUGAGGGCAAAAAUACCGCCCCGGGGGAGACGGGAACCCCUCCUGCCGCGUCCCACCCCUCGUCCGCCACCAGCGCCGCCUCAUCUAGCGUCGGCGUGGCAGCGGCGGCGGCGGCACAGCCGCCGAGCGCGGACCCCAAGGAACCCUCCCUGCGUCCCGCUCAGCCUCUGCGCAGAACAGCGGUGCCGUCAGCCCUGCAGCAUCAGCUCCACCACACUUCCAAUGCCGUCUACCAUGACAUGUUGCCCGCUUUUAUGUGCUCCAAAGAGACGCGUGAGAAUUCAGGGGCAGACCACGUCUCUGCUACUGUAGCGGCAGCAGCCCGAUUCGACAGCAAAUCCACUUUUCGACAGACUUACGCUAAACCUGAACUUCUCAACGGUGACAUUCGAAGAGAGAACCGAUUUGUCCGCGGGCCGCAGCGACUCUCCUCCCAGCCGAUCCGUCGACCCGGCGACCGACCACAAAGACCCGCCAUCAUUAACCCCGAAGACCUGAAGGAUCUGGAUGACCUCGACAAUGACUGUGAAGAUGGAUGGGCUGGUCUCCAUGAAGAAGUUGAUUACAGUGAGAAGCUCAAGUUCAGCGAUGAUGAAGAUGAACAUUCAGCCAGUGAUAAAAACAAGAUGUGGGCUGAGUGGGACAGGGAGAAUCGACGCGACUGCCCGUCGUCACUCAGCUCGAGUGAUGGCCCUGAAGAGAAUUAUUCUUACCAACACCAGGAGGCUCAGAGGAAGACGAACAGCAGAUCUCUCUCUGUGGACCCCCAGUCCCAACAGAAGAACCACGGCGAGCCGGCGCUUGACCCAGAAGACCACCAGCGGCAAUCACAGCUCCCGGCGAGGGCAAAGUUUGUGUCACCUGAGCUGUCGGAGGCUGUGGAGAGGGCCCGCAGGCGUCGCGAGGAGGAAGAGCGGCGCGCCCGCGAGGAGCGCUUGGCGGCCUGUGCGGAGAAACUCAAAAAGCUGGAUGAGAAAUUUGGCAAGACUGAAAGGCAAGCCACGAGGACGGAGGACGGCCACAAAGAUGGGGAGGGCAAAGAAAUGCCCUUGUCUCCCAACAGGGAUGCUAAUAAAGCCCACCAUGACAGCUGCGUGUACAAUGCAAAAGAUGAGUGCUCCUCUGACAACUCCCCCAGCCCGAGCUUCCGCGAGGAGCUCAUAUUCCCUGCUUAUCGCAGCUGCGAGGAUGACGUCCAGGAGCCCUCUUCUCCUUCUGGAGAUUACAGCGGACGCCAUGCCGCAAAGCCUGUUCCGCCCCGCUUUCAGAAACCGCCCCUGCAGCAGCAGCAGCAGCAGGAGCAGGUCUACAAAAUACAGCACUGGCAGCAGUCGAGCCAUCAAGGUUCAUCUGGCUCGAGCCACACACAACGGGGCUACUAUCCCCCGCAUGUCCUUGGCUUUGAUCCCCGCUGGAUGAUGAUGCCACCCUUCAUGGACCCCCGCGUAGGCCAAGGAAGAUCUCCCGUCGACUACUACCCCAGUACGAUCCAUUCCUCCGGAAUGAUGAAACCGCUGAUACAACAAGAUCGCCUGACCAGUCCCAGUUCUGACGAGGGUCACCCCAACCUGCACCAAGAGCGAAGGACCCCUUCCACUGAGCCGUAUCCCGUUUGGAGCCAAGAUGGCUACCCCAUGCGCAGCUUCACUCCACCUUACCAAAGGCAGCAUGAAAACCAGGACAGCAGUCUGCUUGAUGACCGAAGUGACAGGGCCUCCUCACAGCAGGACACUUAUGAAGACAGGUCCAGCGAGGGCCUGACACACCCACAGGAUGACCUGCAACAUCACAGUUUCCAGAGUCGAGCCUCGGACCGAGACCACCACGACCAGGGGCUGCUGACCAGCGCUCAGAUUCACACCCAGUAUCAUGCGGAGAACAAAUACCCAAAACAAGACUCCAAAGACCGCCAUCUGAAGGAUGGCGAUUCUCACGAUGAGAGCUUUGACGGUUCUAAAGACAACUGGAAACGAGACGGAGGGUCCGAUUCCAGUAUCGGUACCAGCCAGCCGUUAGAGACCACUGGCCGUACUUUGAUACGCAGAACUGGUCCAAUUAAGAAACCAGUUCUCAAGGCUCUGAAAGUUGAAGACAAGGAGAAUGAGAAGCCCAAACCUGAGCCAGAAGAAAAGGCUGUCCCCUACCGUCUGGAGAAGGAGGUCCUGACCAAUGUCUAUGACUUAAAGAAGGACAGCCAGUCAGUCAGCAAUCGGUCCUCUGGGUCACCCGUGGUGGAGAAACAGCCUGAAGAAAGGCAGCGUCAGUCUCCGGGUCCUGCUAAAGAGGAGCGACCUCCGCUAAUUCAUCAUAGUGAUGAUUCCCCGAGGAAGAGCGUCUGGGACACCAACGAAUUCCAGCCGCCGCGAGAUGUUUUGGAAAACGCGGAGCCUCAGGCACCACGUCGUAACAACUGGAUCUUCAUCGAUGAAGAACAGGCCUUCGGUGCAGUCAGGGGAUCCGGAAGAGGCCGCAGUCGAGGUUUUAGGGAUUUCAAUUCUCGGGGCGGAGGCCGCAGCGUCAGAGGCGGAGACAACGUCAGAAGCGGCUACAACAACGGUGUCGCUCACGCCCUGCGUGCAGGGAGAGGUCGAGCCCAACCCAGAGAGCUGAAGCUGGAAGAGUUCCAGAGAGGCAAGCCGCGAAGACGCAACGUGAGCGAGACGCUAAGUGAAACCUCCGAGUAUGAGGAGCUGCCCAAGAGACGGCGGCAGAAAGGCUCCGAAAAUGGGGAAGUCUACGCCGACUCUGGAGAAAGUCGCAAAGCCGAUCGCGAGUCUUGGCGAUCCAACAAGGUGUAUGCCGAAGACCAGGUCGCUGCCGACGGCAAAGAAAAAACCAAGGCGAGCCGAGGCUUUGGAGGUCGCAUGCUGCCUCCCAGGCUGAAUACUGGAAACUAUACCAGAGGUUACGGCGGCUCCAGGGAGACGUCCACGUGGAGGGGGCGUGGUCCUCAAUUUGGUAGCGGCGGUGGUUCCAUGCAAGAAAACGGUUACGGUCCUGGCGCCGACGCCGCUUUCUCCCGUAAACUCCCUGCUGAGCGCGAGUCUCUAAAGUACCCCACAAAAUUUCCCGCCUCUUUCCUAGAAAACGGCUCGGAGGACCGUGAGGGGGAAUACUACUUUGACCCCGAUAACCCUGACAGGCCGGUGCUGAGGAGGCGACGGCCCCCGCGUCAAGACAAGCCCCCGCGCUUCCGUCGCCUGCAGCAAGAGCGUGAGCCCGGUUCCAACCAGUGGACCAGUGACGAAUACAUCAAUGGAGACUUAACAAGCCCGUGGCCCGGUCGCCCCAAAGGCAGCGGGGAAGACAAGUGGCCCAACGGCCCCUACGCUGGAGGACGCGGCGGCCAGCACGCUCCGACAGAGGAAUGGGACACGGGAUCGGACAACAGUGACUUCAGCGAUUGGAGGGGGAAGCGCGUGGCUGCCGGCGGCGGCACGCCUACGCAGGCACACGCCGACGUUCUCUCGGACGCGUGCCACGGUGAAGCGGGCGCCAUUGAGAAGAGGGAGCUUUCCAAACGAAGCUUCUCCAGCCAGAGGCCGCUGAUUGAACGGCAGAACAGGAAAGGAGAGCCCUCGGCGCUGGAGACCAGUAAGAUGGCUCGUGCACCCGAUAACCCGCAGUCUGCUCCCUCAAACAGGAAUGACGCCUGGCAGAAUGGAGGGACCUCUUGUAAGAGUAGGAACCCAGAUGAGUCGGGCCCUGCCUAUGGCACUGAUCAGUCAGAUGGGCGGGAGCUGAAUGAGUCCUCAGGAAAGAACUUUGACAAGUCAGGUCCCAUUAAACCCGAUAUCGUGGAGCCACUUUCCCAGUAUGAGCUCAGUGCCUACCCAAUUGAGGAAGAUGCCGGCGGACCGGUUUCUAAUCCAGACACUUACCAUGACGCGUUGUCCAAAAAACAAAGACGUCCGCAAGCUGACGAUAGGCGGAGGAAGGAUCAAGGAGUUACCGUGCCAGUGAAGAACAGGUCGGUCGCAUCCAAGAUACCGCCGCGAUUCGCCAAGAAGCAGGGAGCCAUGAGCAUCGAACAACCAGAAGAGACUCUUUCCUCCAGUAAUUUGGGUACAGAAAUCUGGGAGACCAACAGCUCUGCUCUUUCAGUACAGUCCUCGGGGGGAGACUCCUGGACAAAGCAGGUGUCUUACACUGGCAGCGAGCCCAACUCUGAGGACUCUGACGCAGGCCCAGAGCAGAGCAAAGAGCAGCACAAACCGGGGCCCAUCGGGAACGAGCGCUCCCUAAAGCACCGCAAGGGCCCCGAGGCAGUGGAUCGCCUGGAAGGCGGCCCCAUCAACCCGGUCAACGGCGUGGACCUCCAUGUGGACGCCGUCCUCCCCGUGCCCCCCAUCGAGUUUGGCGUCAGCGCCAAGGACUCUGACUUUAGCCUGCCGCCGGGUUCCAGCCCGGUGCCCGUGUCGAACCCCGUCAACAAGCUUCAAGAUCCCCUCGCCGCCAAUACAAUCCCCAUGCUCCGAUCCAACCACCUGCAACCCGGCAUAAACCUCAACCCGCUUUCCUUUCCAAGUACCGACCUCACCCUCAAGAUGGAGUCGGCGCGUAAGGCGUGGGAGAAUUCGCAGUCCCUUCCUGAGCAGGGCUCUCCCAGUGGAGGGGGCUCGGGAGUGCCACCACCAUGCAGUGUGGGUUCGUCCAGCGGCGUCAGUUACAGCUCUUUUGGAGGCGUCUCCAUGCCUCCGAUGCCCGUGGCGUCCGUAGCACCAUCCAUGUCCUUGCAAGGUAGUCAUAUUCCACCGUUGUAUUUGGAUGGUCACGUCUUCCCCAGUCAACCUCGCUUGGUCCCACCCACGAUGACUCAGCAGCAAACCUACCAACAAGCGGCAGCCCAGCAGAUUCCCAUCUCGUUGCACACGUCUCUUCAGGCUCAGGCUCAGUUGGGUCUUAGAGGAGGCCUGCCUGUCUCUCAGUCCCAGGAGAUGUUCAACUCUAUUCCCCCCUUCAGGUCGCAGGUGUACAUGCACCCCAACCUGUCGCAGCCCAGCCCCAUGGUGCUGUCGGGUGGAGCGCCGCUAAAGGGGCCCUACUCGCCGUUCCCCGGCAUGCAGCCAUCAGACAUCGUCAAGUCCUCGUCGGGCUCGCACUAUCAGCCCAUGACCGGCAGCCAGCAGCUCGUCUAUGACAGUCAGCUGAACCAGGGCCCCAGCAUGGGAUCGUCACAGCUGAUGGACUCUCAACUCAUCCAGGUGACGAUGCCCUUGCCUGGAUCCCAGGUGCGCUACGGCUCCGCCCAGCAACACCUCAUCCUCCCUCAGUCCAUCCAGCUACAGCAAGGCCAGAAUCAUCUCUCGGUGGGAGGGCCACGCCGAAUGAUGCCACCUGGCUCGCAACCGCCUGUCAUGCCGGGUAGCAGAGAGGUCUCACAGAUGGAAAUGAAAGGUUUCCAAUUUUCAGAGAAGCCAAAUCAUUCACCAGGCAUGCCUGGAGGCUCCUACAGGCCUGGUUCCGCUAGCCCGAGUGGAAAACCUUCUGGCCCAGUUGGACCAUUGCCCACCCAUCAUUAUCCACAACAGGGCGGCUUGGUGAUGCACAUGCGUCCCCCCACCAGCGGCCCCUUCCCCAGCCCCAUCCAGAGACCAGUCAUGCAGGUCAACAAACCGGUCAUCAUCCGCUCCCCCCCUUACCCCAAUCCUGGCCGAGAUCUCUCCCACUCCACCCCUCCCUCGGCCUCCGAGCCCCCCAUCAAGGGGCCCGAGGAUGGCAUGAAGGUGAGCCACCCACUGUAAAGAUAGGUAGGAUUUGAAGUAUACAGCCCCCACCCACCCACCACCACCACUUUUUUACGGCGGCACAAAUAGUGAAUAUCCGCACAACUAGUUGACUCCUACGUCCCAACAGUUGUUUGAAGAUGGGCCAUAAUCGAUGGACCAGCUUAUAGCGGGAAACUAAAUGUUGUCAUCAUUGUCAUCACUGAUAAACACAGCGAAAAGCAAGAUGUAAAUAAAAAGUUGUACAAUGCUGUAUAUUGUACUAUUGCA